UGGAAAAUUAAUUGUGCUAGCUGUGUUUAUCUGUUGUCACAGUGCAUAGUUUGCUUUGUCUUUAAGCCUUUUAAUAAAUUAAAUCAUCACAAAACGUAUCAAACUUUGCUUUCCUAAAAACAACAAAAGGAUCACAACAAGAAUAGUCAAGUUACUCCUACUUCUUGUUCUUGUUCUUGUUCCUCUUUUCUCCAUCUUUUUCAUCACCUUUCUCAGAGAAACAAACAGAAAACUAAGAAUUCACAGAAACUAUGUGUAAUUCAAAUGGUGAUUGCAGACCCUUAGGUUUUCUCUUGGGUCUACCCUUUGCUUUUCUCUGCCUCAUCAUCUCAAUCAUUGGUAUUAUUGUAUGGAUCGUUGGGUUGACACUGACAUGUAUAUGUCCCUGCUGUUUGUGCUUGACAGUAAUUGUGGAACUUGCUUUGGAAUUGGUAAAGGCUCCACUUCAUGUUAUGGAAUGGUUCACCUCUAAGAUCCCAUGUUGAAAUUCCUUUUACUUUACCAAUUGUAUCAUACACUAUAGAUUUCUAUAGAAUUGUGUUUCAAUUCAUUUUCAUCUUUUGUUUUAGUGUUUUUUUUCUUCAUGUUCUUGAUUUAGCCAUGUUUGGAUUGAUUUGUUUGAGGUUAUAUAGGAGAAUAAAAAAUAUUAAUGAGAUUAUGUAGAAAAUUUAUACAUA